AUAGCGCCGGCCACCGAGAGCCGCACGGAUGGCACGCCCAUCAACCCGUUCCUAUCAGACCGCAACACGUCGGGCAAGCGCAAGCGGACGGGUGGCGGCGGCAGCGGCGGUGAAGCACCUCCUCCUGGAUCGGAUGAGUGGCACAAGCAGCGCAAGGAGAGCCACAAGGAGGUGGAGCGGCGUCGGCGAGAGGUGAUCAACCAGGGAAUUGAUCGGUUGGCGGAGCUGGUGCCGAGCGCAGAGAAGAACAAGGGCCGCAUCCUGGCCCAGGCCGUUGACUACAUCCACCGUCUGAAGGCGACUGAGGCAAAGAACAUUGAGAAGUGGACGAUCGAGAAGCUGCUGGCAGACCAGGCGAUUUCGGAGCUGACGAGCCAGAACGAGCAGCUCAAGGCAGAGAAUAGGAGACUCAGAGAGAAGCUUGGCGAGUCGCCAGUCGAGGAAGAGGAGGAUCUGCAGGAUCAUAGCGCGGCGUUCCACUCUGAUGUUGAUGUCAGUGCUAUGGCAGCCGCGGCAGCAGCUGCUGUUGCUAGCGCGCAGGGUCACGCAAAGGCCGAAGACGACACUGAUGACGCCGAGGAGGAAGAUGGCAUGGAAGUGGACGAGGACGAUGAGGACGAUGGUGAAGGCACGAGUGCUGAUGUCGAAGCUAUGCAGGUGGCGGCAAAGGCAGCAGCUUCAGGCAAGCCAUCCAAGAAGCGCUCUAAGAAGCAUUCCAAGUCAUCAAAGAAGAAGAAUCGUGAUAGCAAGCACUGAGACCCUCUGUUGCUUUACCUGUCUGCUUGCCAAAGUACCCAACUAUUCUCGUAUUUUUCAACCUAUUAUUUAAUAAAUGCAGUAUCCCUGCUCAAGCACG